AUGUUUUCAAUACUAAAACAAUUCAGUAAAUAUCCGCGAAAUUGGAAAUUCCUCUCUACAAACGUACGUUAUUUUUCAAGAACGAUAACGGGCGAUAGACUACAGCCCCUAAAUGAAGACACCCUCACUGGACGAUUUUUACUAUAUCUGGAUAACAAUAAAGCCUGUAAAGAUGUAAGCAAUAAAGAUAGGGCUACUUUGAUAGCCAAAUUAAAAUUACAGCCAGCACAUAUUAAAACUUUCGAUGCUGGUCUAGUCAUGUCAGUAUUAAGCUGUCUCACAAAGCGAACGAUUGUAUCUAAUAAGUACGAUUUCAAUAAAUUACUGCGUAUAAUAGACUUGGAAUGUUGCAGUAGAUUAGAUAAGCUAAAAACUGACGACGUUAUUAGUCAUUUGUGUUGCUUCAUGAAUGUUAUCCCACAUCAGAUAACACAGUGCCAGUAUUUUCAUAUGGCUUUAGAUAAACUAAUGGACAAACAAUACGAACUUAUGAAAGAGCAAUUAAUACAAUUGAUAUUUUUUAUUGGGUUUUUAAAAAAGACUUCCAAAGCACAAAGUAUGCUUAAAAAAUGCUUGAAAUCGUUCAAAAAUGACCUUAUUAAUAGCUUAACCAAAGAGGAUUUAUGUAUUAUUUGCAAUUCAACUUUCAAGACAAGCACAAAAAUAAGAAAUCAUGUUUUAUUAGAUAAAAUCAAAUUGUACAUAAACGAUAAUUUACUAUUAUUAAACGAUCCCGCAAUUUUUGUGACUUUAAUCAAAACACUAAGGCACAAUCGAUAUCAAGACGAUGAUAUUUUAAACACCAUCACUUGCACAGUGUUUUUCAACAAAACCAUUCAAUAUUAUUCGUUUGGAGCUUUAUGCCACAUUUUGGCACUUUACGCCGACUAUUUGUAUUAUAAUGAAGACAUUUUAAAAUCAUUUACAAACAAAUGCUUGGAGAUUUUAAAAAAUUCAACAUUCACCACCAAAGAUGCUUAUUUAAAAGAGCAACCUCGUACAAAGGAUAUUAAAAGAUUAUUAUGGGCUUUGAGUAAUUUGAAUUAUAAGCUUAGCAAAGAGGAUAUUGAAGGGAUUGUUAUGCCAGAAAUUUCCAUUAGAAUUGAGGCAGGUGAAUUUAAAAACGACCCUGGUUCUAUGGUGCAAAUUAUUAUGUAUUUAUGGAUGAUGCGGUAUAAAGCAUAUGAUUUAAUUCAUCAGUUUCUAAAUAAGGAGGUUGUUAGUUUAAUCAGAGCCAAAAAUAUGCCUUGCCAAGAUAGUUUAAAUUUAUUACUCACCUGUAUUUAUUAUGAAGAUCCCGAAUUGUACCAACAAAUAAAUAUACAACCAGAGAAUCGGAGAAAUUAUAAUUCAAAAAUACAACUAAACAAAAGGCCCGAGUUGACUAAAAUAUUAAACAAACUAAAAGUUAUAUCUGCAGGCAAUGAUAUUGAUAAAUUUGAAAUCGAUUGCCAAGUGCCUUAUAUUAAUAUUAUUGGGAUAAUCGGGUUUCAAAAGAAAAUUUACAAGACUGUUAAUAUUGAGUUGUUAGACCAAUAUACUUGCCUAAAAAAUACGGAAAACUUGCCUACAGGGUUGAUGGAUUUGAAGCUGAGGAUUUUAGAGAAGAAUAGUGAAGGAUUAGUUGUGAUUGAAGAACCGGAUAUAGCAGAUUGCUCCGAUACAGAACUGCACCAAGUUUUAGAAGACGAAAUUUCUUUAGUGUGUUAA